GAAUAAAUAAUAUUGAGCAUGGAACCCUGUGAAAUAGAGUUUCUCGGUGAAAAAGGACUAGUCAGUAUUGUUCCUAAUUUUAAUUUUGAUCCCAUUCACUUGAUUUCGGGAAGUGUUGGGCCCUUUAGGGCUGGACUCCCGGUGAAGGUGCCCAUUUGGCUAGCCGUCAACCUCAAGCAGAGGCAAAAGUGCAGAAUAGUCUGUCCUGAAUGGAUGGAGCCUGAGAAUCUGGAACUUCUGAAAGAGAACGAGAAAUUGUCCAAAGUAUUUACCGAAAUGCCACAUGACCAUUACAUGGACGAGGCCCAUAUACUCCUGGGGGCAGCAUCCGAUGAUAUUCCUGAUGUUGACAACAUAAGAACAGCCAUCAAGGACAUCUGGGACAUGAGAAUGUCUAAAUUACGAACUUCCAUCGACGAAUUAUUUAAAGAUCACAGCGCAGUCCACGCAAUGUUAAAUAAUCUAACAGCAAUGGAAUUAAAUGGAGCAAGACCCCUCCUGCCCCACGCCAUGGAUCAGCUGAUGAGGAUUCGAAUGAGUGAAGAAACUGGAAAACGUUCUCAGCCCUUCCAAGACAGCCAUCAAUCCGGACCCUCGGGGAAUUAAUUAAAAAAUAAUCAAUUGUUUAUUAUUUUGAUGUUAAAUUCGGGUGUCAACAUUUUUUCGGAGCCAUCAGUCCAUUUUAUUUUGAAAAAUCUCGGGAAUUGGUGUCCGAGAAAUUCUGGAGUAAUUGUAGAACCGAGAGUAAUAAUUCGAUUUUUUAUUCAAUUUAUUUAUAUUUAUAAUAAACUUAUGUCUCUUA